AAGCACCGGGAGAUAUAAAUUUUAAAUCAUUUCAGAAAAACCAACCAAACCAACAAAAAAUAAAGACAGACAACCAACCAGAUUGCUAGACACCAAACAUGAGUAAACCAAGUCGUAUGCCGUAUUUCAAUCAGGCCGGUGGUAAGGAACAGGUGGUUCUGGCCGAGGGCUAUCUGCCGACCGACAAAAUCUUUAAGAUUGACCGCUAUCUGCGUUACUUUGGUUUGCUAUCGCAGAGCAUCGAGGACUACCUACAGGGCAACAUCAAGGGUAAAAUGAAACGGCCGACCAAACGACUGUACGGUCUCUUUAUUUACGUAUUGAUGACCGUUGUAUUCGCCCGAAACAUACUAUUGGCUUUUGUGGACAAUAUAGACACACGAAAUCUAUUGGGCGAGGCUGCAUCCGCCCGUCCGGCCAAACAGUUCACUAUGGCUCUAACUUUGUGGUCCAUCUACUCGUUUCUUAUCUCCCGACUCUUCUAUAGAGCUGAAAAACUUCGUUGGAACCACUGGUUGGCACCUUUCGCUGUAUUCAAGGGCUUCAUUCCGCCCUCUAUUAUGGGUUUGGACACCGAAAUGACUGAUCACUGGUUCUCGAGGACCAAGAAAGCGUUGGCCCAAAUGGCACUGUUUACUAAUAUUAGGGCUGUUCUCGGCUCAAUGAUGUUCUCGUGGGUGGCGUACAGGCGAUUUGUGUCUCAAUCGGUACCGGAGUCUUACACAUUGUUGUGGGCCAUUGUAUUGACCAUUUGGUGUUACUUUAAUUCAGCGCUCAUUUAUAUAUCGUACGGUCACUUCAAUACACUGGCCUACUAUUUUCGUAUGCGCUUUCAUAAAGUCAAUGAGGAUAUCGAGUCGAUUAUAGCACCGGACAACCGCAUGAAACCUAACGAACGGUGCGCUACAUUACACCACGUGCUCAAUGAACAUAACGAGUUGUGUAUCAAAAUCAAGCAGUAUAACUUGUUUUGGUCUAAGUAUUUGGUGUACACUUAUUUCAUAUUUGUGGCGGUUAUCUGUUAUACAACAUUUCAGGCAUUCUUCACAUCCAACCGGACGAUGGUUAGGGCCGUCAUGUUUACUAUGGCUGUAGAGGCGGCCUAUCUGUUCACUAGAGUGUCAGUUAAUGCCUCACGACUGGCUAAUGAGGCACACGCAUCCUAUACUCGACUUAUAAGAGUGACGUUUGAUAAAUAUCCAGUUGAGCUACAGAUUCAGCUCCGUAUGUUUAUCCAACGUCUAUCGGGACCAACCAUUGGCUUCUAUUGUCUCGAUCUCUUUGAGAUAACUUAUCCCACUUACGCUUCGAUAAUAGCAGCGUUGGGCCAAAACUUUUUGCUGAUUGUGGACUUUGUGCGCUCGUAUGCCGAGCUCAAGGAGGAACAGGCACAGAGCGAUCUAGCCUUACCUGAAGUGUUUGACACUAUUGUAGGCAGUGGUAACUCUACAUUUGACUUUAACCCGUUGUCACUGACCAGCGAGGCCUUGAAAGUUGCCGUUCCCGACACUAUUAUCUGAUUCAUUGAUUGAUUGAUUGUUCAGGGAUUUCAAUCUCUCACACUUGACUUUUUGAGUACAACCGACGCCUACAUAUAUAUACACACAUCAGAAAAAAGUGUUGUUUCUUAUUAAA